CAUAUGAUUGUUGUGGACUUUAGCCUAACCAGGAAGAAGUAGCUUACUCCAAUCACCGGUAAGUGGUGAAAUCCACGGCGCACAACGUUAAUCAAAGCAUACACCGUACGACAAUCUAGGCUGAUUUACUGGGCCCUUCAUUGCAGAGCUGUGAUUGGUUGAUUGCCUUUAGCCCCGCCCCUGCCCUUUGACCUUGAGCGGCGAGAUGAAGGCGGAGCUUCAGGGGACGUCCAGCUCUUUGGGGCGGAGCCUAGAGAACAGGAUCCUGGCCCAGGCCUCUGCCACCCACUCCCUGACCCAUGCCCAGAUUGGCCCCCACUGCGUCCCUCCGUCAUGGGUCCACCAGCUCUCCUCCCCUUCCCUCCAGCCCUCCCACCUCUCCUCCACAAACUCCUCCCUCCAGCUCUCCUCCUCCCUGUUCUCCUCUACUGACCCCUCCCUCCUCUCCUCCACUAGCUCCUCCCUCCAGCCGCCCUCCUCCUCCCUCUUCUCCUCCCCCCUCCUCAGCACCCAGAACCACCUCCUCCAGAGUGCCCCUCUCCUCCCAUCGCUGGCAUCCCCUGCUGGGCUCCUGCUGCCCCCCUCAGCACAGCCCCCUGCUGCUGCUGGGGAGGAGGUCCAGGAAGGAGGGAAGGGGACAGAGGGGGAGAUUGUAGACUCAGAGGAUCUGGAGACCCCCAUGGAUGAUUGGAGUCAUGUCUCAGAGGACGGCAGCUGGGCUGGCAGCCAAUCGGAUGAGUCCGCAGAGAUCGAUGCCCCGGACAUGUGCGCGUGUGAGGAAGAGGAGCAGGUGCCUGUGCUGGAGGGUGAAGAGUUUGGAGAGGUAGAAGAGCGCAACAGUGAGCAAGAGGAAGAACUGAAGGAUAAGAAGUACCUGUUGCUGAACGUAGUGUGCUGCUCGUUGGUGCAUAAGUAUAUUAACCCAGGGCAGGAGGACUGGGAUACAGAGGACAGUGUGUGGAUGGGGAUAAAGAGCCUUGCAGAGCACAUAUCCCAGAGUGACCCUGAGUUCCUCCUGAAGGUGGCAGUGUACACCAGGCAGGAGCUGAACAUUCGCAUCACGGCCAACUUCCUGCUGGCCCUGGCUGCCCACCUGCCGGCCACCAAGCCUCACCUGCGCAGGUACUUUGGCGCGGCAGUGCAGCUGCCCUCUGAUUGGCUGGAGGUGGUGAGGAUCUACAGCACGUGUUUUGGCCGCAGUUUGCCGUCCUGCCUGAAGAAGGCGCUGGUGGAGAAGUUUAAGCACUUCGGCGAAUACCAGCUGGCCAAAUACAACACCCGCAAACAUCGCUGCAAACACAACCGCAAGCGGGCCAAGCCCAAAGCUAGGAAACCCUCUUCUGAGCAGUUGAAAAAGUGGUCAAGAUACCUGGAUGCUGUUCCACGCGUGCUGGAGACAUAUAUAACGAGAAAUCUGCAGCGUCCUGUGGUGGAUAAGAAGGCGAGUGUGUUCAGUCUGAAGAAGAUGAUCCAGCGUUUGCACAUCCGGGACCCAGCAGAGCAUGUGAUGCCUAUACUGGGGAAGAGGUACCCGCGGGACGUGCAGGCGUUCUCCCGCAGCGGGCUGAGUGGGGCGUGGCAGAGGGAGCGGGCGGGGCAGCGCAUGAGACUGCAGCAGCCCGAUUCCUGGGAGCGCAGCCUGAGCCAGGAGGGGAACAAGGCCCGAACCUGGGAGGGGCUCAUAGACAGGAAGUCCCUGCCGUUCAUGGCCAUGCUGAGGAACCUGAGGAACAUGAUAUCCGUGGGAAUUAGCGAGACGCAUCACCGCCGGAUUCUGGCCCGACUGACCAAUAAGGAGGCAGUGAUCAGGAGCAGGCAGUUCCCCUUCCGAUUUCUCUCUGCCCACAAGAGCAUUCUGGAGCUGAAAAAAUUAGUGAAAGAGAUGCCCAGCUCUAAGGAGAUCCUGCGGAGCAUCCUGCUGAGAGUGCCCAGGGGCCCGCAUAAGCAUUCUGUGGAGUGGGACACAGCGGGGCACAAGAGGAUGAGGGUGGCCCUGGGUGUGCCCUUCGUCUCCGGAAGGUUCCGCAUGGAGAAGGCCCGACUGCAGAGGAUCAGUCCCAAGCGCUGUACCCCGGAAGUUCUGGAUCGGUACCAGCAGGCUCUGGAGCAAGCGGUCCAGAUCUCCUGCAAGUACAAUGUGCCUCCGCUGCCAGGACGCACCCUACUGCUGUGUAACAUGGACAUGGACUUCUAUACAUCAUGGAGCUCAAAACUGGACUUCUGCUACCCCCCUGACCCAGAGGACCCACAGGACCAAUCUGACGACGAUCCUGAACCCAAACUCCAGGAGGUGGCGCUGUUGCUGGCGAUGAUGAUAGGCCACUGCAGUGAGCACUUCGAGUUGCUCCUCGUCAAGAAUUGUGGUUUCGAAGAGGCGGAGCUAAAAUCGGACCUCUUAUUGGAUAACGUCUGGCACGUGAUGAAGCAGGUGAAGAGUCUGAGGGAGAAUUUGGGCAGACUGAAAGACUACAACGAGCUCCUCCUACACCUGGUCACCAAGAAAGCCAAGGUGGACACGAUAAUCUCUUUGAUGGAUUACACUAUGCACAGUGACCUGGAGCAUGUCUUGAACAAGUACCGGAAGGACAUCAACCCUGAAACCCUGCAAAUCAACAUGCUCCUCAUCAGUAGUGGGACUAGCGUUAAAAUGGACCACCGGAACAUAGACCGGAACGUUGUGGAGCUGCAUGGGUUCAGUGAACAGGUCCUCAGAUUUAUUGGAGAAAGAGGCUCUUCCAGGCUUCUGGAUCACGUGGAGCGCAUUGAUAAGCUGCACAGCAUCCCUCCACCAGAGGGAGCCAAAGACCAGAAUGGCAGAGACACUGCUGUCUGCUCCCUGCCUGCCACCCCAAAACUACGGUGGCGAGCGGUGCGCGUGUUCGUCUCCUCCACGUUCAGGGACAUGCACGGGGAGAGAGACGUGCUGGUGCGCCGCGUGUUCCCCGAGUUGCGACGCCGCGCCGCUCCGCACUGCCUCUACCUGCAGGAGGUGGAACUGCGCUGGGGCAUCACCGAGGAGGAGGCAGGCCGGGCCCUGGAACUCUGCCUGUCGCACGUCUGCCGCAGCCAGCUGCUGCUCGGCAUUCUGGGAGAGAGGUACGGCCUGGUGCCCCCUGCCCCUGCGCUGCCACCACUGCCACAGUACCAAUGGAUAAGCUCCGCCCCCGCCGGUCUGUCCAUCACAGAAAUGGAGAUUCGUCAAUUCCAGGAUCUUCACCCGGAUUCUGCUCAGAACCGCAUGUUCUUCUACUUCAGAACACCUCAGCUGGCAAGGUCUGUCCCGGUUAGCUGGAGGGGUGACUUUGCGGCGGAGUCGAAGGAUGCCGAGUCCAAAAUGGCCGAUCUGAAAAGCAGAAUUCUGCAAAGCGGAGCCAAAGUCACCGAAGAUUACCCCUGGGGAGGGGGAUUCACGUUUUUUUGUGCAUCUGAACAGGAAGUGGACGAGACAGAGGUCACGGAACAGGAAAUGUUUCAGGACGCGCAGUCUCGGCAGUGUUACGGGCGGGACAAGCUGAUUGCCGCGGCGAUGAAGACCGUACAGGACGCUCAGCGCAGACAGGGCGGGGCCAGGGGCAUUGUGCUGGUGGAGGGGGGGCCCGGAGAGGGGAAGACCGUGUUCAUGGCUGCACUUGCCAAUGCACUGAGGAGCCCAGACAAAUCUCAGAAAGCAUCUGGCUGUGAUGUCAUCUCCUACUUCACUGCUGCCAGCCAAUCAGCACAGAGUGUGGAGCAGCUGCUGCGCUGCCUCAUCCAAUGGCUGAGGAAGAGGCUAGGAAAAGGGGAGGAGACUUGCCUCCCUACAUCUUAUAAAAACCUGUUGGCAGAAUUCCACACAGAACUCAAAGCCCUGAGUGAAGCAAGGAAGAGCCAACCACUGGCUCUGCUGGUUGAUGGGGUGGAGCUUAUACAGGAUGCCAGAGGCCAGCUGCGGUUUGACUGGAUACCACAGGACCUCCCUCUGGGUGUAUCUUUGGUACUGAGUGUCACCCCAAACUCAACCCUCCGGCACACUCUGGCAAAGAUGAAGGGUUCCUCUGUGUUUUCCUUGGGACCGCUUUCCAUGCUGGACAGAAGGGAGAUUGUUCAGACGGAGCUUGCGAUGUACGGGAAGAAACUGAGCGACUCGGCGUUUAACAACCAGCUGCAGUCGCUGAUGAUGAAGAAGGGUUCUGCCAGCCCGCUGUACCUACACAUGGCCUGUGAGGAACUGAGGAGCUUUGCCGUGUUUGAAAAGAUGAAGGACAGUCUCCAGUCCCUCCCUCAGGCAGUGGGGCCGCUGGUUAAGCAGGCACUGCUCAGAAUGCAGUCCCAGGUCAGGGGGCUCGGCUGGGCCCUGGCAGCACUGACCGUCAGCCACUGCGGACUGAGAGAAAGAGAUCUUUACGCAAUACUGAGCAUGUGCAGUGAGCUCUCUUCCGGGAGCGGAACGGUCACAUGGCAGGAAAUGCUGAAGCUGGCCAGGAAGCCGCAGGAACGCAUCCCCAUGGCAACCUUUUCCCAGUUUUUCCGAACUUUGCAGAGCCUGAUUGGUCAACCCUACUCCCAAGGCCCGGAAGACUCUCUGACUUUGACCAAUCCUGAGGUGAGGUCUGCCUUUGAGCAGCUCUUCCUGUCAGGAGCGGGUGACAAGGCCAGAGCGCACAGCCUAUUGGCAGCACACCUCUGGACGCUCAGUGACCCUCAGGGAAAGGACACGUUUGUUCACUGCGAAGCGGAUGCCGUCAUCCACCUUCCCGCCCACCUGAUGAGCAGUGGCCAGAUGGCAGCGAUGAGCUUCCUGCUGUCCAGCUUCCACUUCCUGUAUGCUAAUGUUCGGCACGGACUCCUGCACCACCUCCUGGAAACCUACAGCCAGUUUGAGUCCCAGAAUUCCACCGCCGCUGACUCGGCUCCUCCCGGCAACCUGGAAGAAUGUCGCAGUUUCCUGAAACGACACGCCCCCCUGUUCUCCCGUUGGCCAGCUCUCUUCCUGCAGCAGGCGCUCAACGAGCCGGACGGCAGCGCUCCUCACUCCUGGGCCCAGGGCAUUGUGGGAAAUGGGCGACGGAGUGGGGCUGGGGGCGUGCGCUUGAUGAGGUGGCUGAAUAAACCUGAACAGCUCUGUGUGGCGGACAGCGAGCUGCUCUCCUCUUACCUGUCCAAACCCACCUGUGUGGCUCUGAGCCCUGGGCACACCUUGGCGGCCGUGGGCACUGAGAAUGGGUCCCUGCACCUCAUCCACAGAGAGACCGGACAGGAAGUGAGGUCAUUGGUCAGCAGCUGUGAUGGCAUCUCUGGGUGCUGCUUCCUGGAGGAGGGACUUCUGGCAUCCACCUCCUUUGACGGACGGCUGGAAGUGUGGGACGUCGAGAACGGCUGCAGGACUGCCCACGUGGAUGCCCAUACCAACAGGAUCACAGGAUGUGAUGUCAGUGGAGACAGGAAGCGCCUGGCCACAGUCUCUCUGGACUUCAAUCUGAAGGUCUGGUCUCCAAACGGAACUCUGGUGACAACACUGCUCAACCCGUGCCCUCUGAACUGCGUCACCUUUGACCCCGAGGGUCAGGUGCUGGCAGUCGGGGGGUGGGACGGGGGCGUCCGUCUGUGGAACUGGCUCCGUGGAGAGGCCCUGGGGACUCUCUCGGGGCAUCAGCAGUCCGUCCGAAGUCUCUCUUUCUCUCCCUCCACCUCUCUCCUCUCCUCUGGCAGUCUCUCGGGCGAGGUGAGACUGUGGGCAGUACCGGCGCUGUCCUGCGUGGGGUGCUAUAGGGCUCACCAGGGGUCCACAGAAGUGCUGAACUUCGUAGAGAGAGGAGAGCUACUGCUGAGCGCUGGGGAAGAUGGUGUGGUCCAGGUGUGGUCAGGUGGUCUUGGAGAGGAAAUGGCCGUGCUGAAGGAGGACAAGGAUCAGCCAGAUUCUUGUCACCUGGCAACCACAGAGCCCCCAGCCCUCUGUGUUGAGGUUUCUGGAUGCCACGCUGCUGUGGGUUACCAUGGAGAUGGUGUGAAACUAUACAGUGCAGACUCAGGAGAGAGGCUAUGGAGCAGUGAGAACCUCAGGCAGUCUGUACACUGCCUGAUCUGGAUCCAGGACCCCGCGGCCAAGGGGGCAGGAGAGGAUAUGGAGGCGGAGUCGGCAAAGGAGGCGGGGUCAGGAAAUGAGGCAGGGUCAGAGGUGGGAGAGGAUACGGAUACGGAGACGGGGUCAGGAGAGGAGGCGGAGUCAGAGACGGGACCGGAGGCGGAGCCGGAGACCGAGGCGGAGUUUCUGGUCACAGGGAGCGGGGACUCGCUCCUGAGGGUGUGGAGGAGGCGGGGGGAGGACCAGAUGGAACUUCAGGGCAGUUUCGGUGUUCAGCAGGGCCCCAUCCUCGCUCUGGCGCAGUCCUCGUCCCACCUGGCCUCCGCAUCAGAGGACUUCACCAUCGCCUUGUGGUUGGUGCAGGAUUUGACCUCUGACCCUUGGUGUGACCCCAGCCCAGUGUCAGUGCUGAGGGGUCACAGUGGGGGCGUGACCUGUCUGUCCUUCAGCCCCAAAGGGGAGGAGCUUCUAUCCGGUGGGAAGGAUCGGGCCCUCCUGCUGUGGCAGCUCGAGCCCCCCUCCCUCUCUCAGUCCCUCCUGCACUGUCACAGAGACUGGCUUACCGGCUGUGCCUGGACUCCUGUGGGCUCCACCGUGGUGAGCUGCUCCAGUGAUGGCAGAGUGUGUGUUUGGGAGCUACAGACAGGUUCCUGCAUCAGAGAGAUCCCCACUCCCCUUUCUCUCACAUCCCUCAGCUGCACGGGGCAGCAUGUGAUUGGAGGAUCACGAGAAGGGGAGCUGUUGCUAUGGGAGUGGCAGUCAGGAGUGGAGAUCAGCAGGAUUGCAGCACAUCGUGCCCCAAUCCAACACUGCAGCACCUUGCCCAACACAGACGAGGAGAAUCUGGUGGUUGCCACGGCAUCCGACGAUGGAACGGUGAAACUAUGGCGACCAUAUCACGUGCAUCAUCACAGCACUGUGUCGGGGCACAGCGGAGGGAUACAGGGCUUGGCUACCAGGCGGGAAGGAGUGCCGGCUUUCCUCACCGUCUCUGAAGAUUGCUCGUUGAGGUCCUGCAGUGUUUCCAUGGCGAUCGAGCCGCCUCGGUGGGGUGCCCCCGCAGCCCUGGCCCUCUCUUCCUGCGGCGAGCUGCUCAUGUGCGGCUUCACCUCCGGCCGAGUCCAGGUGUGGAACCGCGACUCUGUGCUGUGCUCCAAAAAGGUUUCUGACUCUGAGGUCACUGCACUGGCCUGCAUGCCGGACAACCAGUUUGCUGUGGCCUGUGCAGACUGCUCUGUGUCGGUGUGGAGACUGGAUUGGAACCCGCAGCACCCCACUGCACAGCUGCGCAAGGUGUCGCGCUACACGCUGAAGUGUCCGGUGAAGUUCCUGUGCUUCUGCACCAUCCUGCUGGGCGUGUGUGAGAACGGGCUGAUCCUAAACGUCACCAAGCCGGGGAAUAAGUCCUCUGACAAGAUACGCUGCUGGACCCACGAGGUGCGCGUCCUCGGCCUGAAGCCCAAUGAUGACAUCAGCACCUGGCUGCUGGGGGAGAAAGACGGGAAGAUCCAGCUGUCCUUCGCCUUUUCGAUGGGUUCCAGCACCUCGUUAAGAACCUCAUUUGGCAACAGUGAGCUGAGUGCAGAAGAGAACGGAAGCCCAUCUGGGACACACAAUAAAAACGUGAUCUCAGCCAUCACUAUGGACAGAGACUUUGUGGUGUGCGGGGACAACAAAGGGAACAUUUGGUUCAACCAGCCGCCGAACCCAUGUUCCUGGAGCGAUAAGAGACUGGCGCACAGCGAGCGGGUCACCGUCUUGAGGUUGACGGAAAGCACCAUCAUCUCGGCCUCCAACGACCGCACUGUCAAACUGUGGGACCGUCAGAGCAAGAGACAGGUGGGGGUGUUUGUGUGCGGGGGUCCUGUUGUCACUCUGGAGGUGAACCCCCUGCACCCCACUCAGCUGGUGUGUGGAGACAGGCUGGGAGGCCUCUACUUCCUGUCCUGGAUGAGCUGCUGGUUGGCUCCGCUGCCACUGGCUUUCACCGACGGCACCCGAUGA